GUGAUUGAAUUACCGCUGCUUAACCCGGAGCUGUUCGCUCGGGUGGGCAUCACUCCACCGAAGGGUUGUCUCCUCUACGGUCCGCCCGGAACCGGCAAAACCCUAUUGGCCAGAGCCGUGGCCUCAAAAAUGGCACCUAAUAUCACAUUUUUGAAAGUGCAUUCACACGCACUCAUGUACAGAGAUAUCGGCGAAUCGGCGCGACUCAUACGCGAGAUGUUUAACUACGCUCGCGAUCAUCAGCCGUGCGUUAUCUUCAUGGAUGUGAUCGACGCCAUCGGUGGCCGCCGUUUCUCCGGAGGCACGAGCGCUGACCGCGAGAUUCAACGGACACUAAUGGAACUGUUGAACCAAAUGGACGGCUUUGACUCACUCGGACGGGUGAAGAUGAUUAUGGCCACCAAUAGACCCGACACAUUGGAUCCGGCGCUGCUCUCACGUCUGGACUGUAAGAUCGAGAUCCCACUGCCCAACGAAGAAGGAAGGCUGGAAGUGCUCAAAAUCUACGUGCAAUCAAUGGUUAUAGAAGGAGAGGUAGACUGGGAGGCCGUCGUGAAGCUGAGCGACGGCUUUACUGGCGCUGAAGUGCGCAACGUGUGUACCGAAGCUAAAUAUAUGGCUUUUAUGGCCCAAAGGGAUGUCAUUGAAGAGGACUUUAUGAAAGCCGUCCGCAAGAUAUCGGACCACAAGAAGUUGGAGACAAAACUCGAUUACAAACCCGUGUAA